AUGGUGCCGCCUCCAGCUGCGGUCGGACCUCUUGGUGUCGAUACCUCCGACGCCGAGGACCUCGACAAGACCCCUCGUCCCCUCAACCAAACCAUCGGCCAUCGCUCCUCAAAAGAUUCUCUCGACAAGACCCCUCGUGCUUUCAACCGGACCAUCGGUCACCAGCCAUCAAUAGAAACCCUCGACAAAACUCCUCGCCCUCACAACCAGACUAUCGGGCAUCGGUCAUCAAAAGAGUAUGUCGACAAGACCCCUCGUCUCAACAACAAAACCAUUAGCCAUCGGUCCUCGACAGAAACUCUCAAGGUCCGGAGGGCAAAUUCCUCCUCUGCUGCCGCCGCCCACAUCACCAUUAGCACCGCAACACCCUCGGCCGCAGACCCCAACAACCACAACAAUAGCCAUUAUUACAAUCAGCACAGACCCUCGACUUCUUCAGCUACCUCUCCAACAUCCCCAACAACAAGAUCAGCAUCAAAAGCACCAGCAAAGAUAGAAGAAUCAUCAGAGGGCAUCUCAAGUAAGUUUGGUUUGAGCAGGAAAAAAAAGCGACUGCAGCGAGAGGAGGAGGAGCGAGAGCAACAGCGGUUGAAGGAAGAAGCCAACGAGGCCAUCCGACGCAAACACGGCGAGUACCAUCCUCCAGGACACAGCCAAGGCCAGGUACAUACACACCGGGUGCCACACCAACAUGAUCACCAACACAUCGAACGGUCGCGGUCUGCCAGCAGAUUGAGCAACAGGCACCAGCAGGGUAGUGUCAGCUCCAGCAGAGUCGUCUCGCCCGAACCCAGAUCCGCCUCGCGAGCCUCUACACGGUCCUCGGCAUCGUCAUUCUAUACGAAUUCGCGGAAUGGCAGUUACGUUCAUCAUAACGGGAACGGGAACGGAAGCGGGAACGGGAACGGUAACGGACACAGGAAUGGGCAUGGUCACAGUCGUCCCACCAGUCCAUUGGGCGAAAUUGUUGCCAUGCCCGCGGACUACUUCCACACCCACCCUCACAUGAACGUUUUGGAGGGUCUUGACGCUGAGAGCAUGCUGUCAGAUCACUGGGACAGUAACAGCGACAACGACGAUGAAAACCUGAGCCAUUACACCAAUCAAGGCGUCCGUGAUGACCGUGAUCGCGAAGAAGGAAGGGAAUCAGAGGAUCGUCAACGAAAGGCCUCCAUCGACACCAGCAGCAGUUACAGGACCAAUGGCUCCACAUCUAUCGUCUGGCAGAUUCCAGAACGGCCCCUUUCCCCGUCCUCCGUCGCCUCUUCUCGCCACUCUCAGUCAAGGAGCCAUCAUCAUCAUCCUCACCAUCAGUCGACAAUGAAUAGCAUCUCCCAACAGAUCCACCCAGACUCGAGCAAAUCACACCACGUCUCGCUAGAAAUGGAUGAGAUCGGUGGCGACGGCAAGCCAAACCACCAGUCUUGGCCAUUGAACAACAUGUCGACCACAGGAGUCGUCACCGGACUAUCACCAGAAUUCGAUGGGCGUGGUGAGGAUAUCAUCCGGCCCCACUCCAGCAUGAGUCGGUACACUGCAGGACGUGAAGGAGGAGGCCCCAAGUACAAGGACCCGCGUGUAGAACGGUACCUUCACCACGCCCGAUCGACCUCCCCCGACAACUCCAACAUCCACUCGUCCACAUCGAACCAUCGACCCCAUUCGCGUCAUUCGCGUCAUCACCGCCACGAUAGCAACAAUACCAACAUCUAUUUCCAGCACCACGACGGAAGCGAUCACAACAACACAGCCAGUUCUUCGACAGCAGCCACGGCCGCGGAACUCCUUCGAGCCAAGGCCGGGUCUCGAGCCACCAACUACCAACCCUACAACCACCGGAGUUCCAAGAAUGGAAACGCUGAUGCCUGGAGUGUUCAUGACACGGUGGUCUCUACUGACGAACACAACUACCUCGCACCCUUACCGCCCUUCCAGCAGGGGCCCGCCUAUACCCGAGUACCCAAGCGCAAGUUUUGUAAAUUCUUCUGUGGAGGAUGUCGAUGGUGGGUGCUUUUGCUGAUCAUUCUCAUUCCUGCCGGUCUCAUUGCCGUCGCCACCGCCUUCUUAUUGCACUGGUUCCGUGUAUGCAUUGCAAUUGACCCCAACACCGUUGAGCCCAUUAUCUAUACCAUUGACCCCGCCACCGUCCAAGGCAUCUCCCUCGACUACCAAACCCGCACCAAAGGAGUCAUUAAUAUUGUGGACUCGCCAAGUUUGACAGAGACAAGGGUGAUCAUGAAACUCAGUCGCCAAUUCUACAAUAUGAAGAAUCGGCAGGAUCUGACUGGGUUCAAGGUCUCGACACUCGACAAUGGCUUCUCGAGCUUUGUCAUGGACGACGAGGCGAACAACCACCGAGAAUUCUUCAUAUCCUCGGUCCUCUGCUCGGACUCCAUUCUCACCAUCGAGAUGCCCCGCCCUAAACCCCUCUCCUCAUCCUCAUCCUCAUCCUCCUCCGCCAACUACACCCACGAAAUAGGACUGGAUAUCCUGCUGGACCAGCAAGACGUCCUCAUCAACCUGGACCAAACCCUACACAGGAACGCGACCUACAAGUUCCGCGGCGUCUCAAACCGCAACAUGGUUGUCCAAUCCCUCAACAUCAAUGCGCUUUCGAUUUCGUACACGUCGAAUUCCGGUUCUCCGGCGAGUGUGGUGCUACAGUCCGUUAUUGUGAGGGAUCAAUUGGCAGUUAUGAGCGUAAGUGGGGAUAUCAAUGCCACCGUUGGCUUUGAUGCCGUCUCUUCCAGUGCUUCAUCUUCUUCUGGUUCAGGAGGAGGAGGAGGAUCGACGACACCGACGACAGUGAAUUUGAACACAUUGGACGGCCAGAUUCGGUUGGACAUCAGUAAUGGAUGGAACCAAUCCUCGACCUUCCAGAUUGACUCACCCGAUAUCCAGCUGUCCAAGGCCGGGGGCAUCAUCUUGCCCUUUGGUGUAUCCCAUAACCAGACGGACGUCAACGUGAAUGGACUCAAGGCUUCUGAGGGCCAGCAUUCCUUGACGGGGUCGUUCCAACCCCAAGGUGGAGCAUCUGCGUCAGCACCUCCCCGUGUUACUGGUACGGUCACCAAGUCUUCUUCGGCUACACCAACGGUGACGAUGACGGCUCCUGCGGCAACGAUGUCUCCGGGGGGUUCUGCCCUGGGUGCUGGUGGAUCCUCGAUCCCGGCACAGUUGAUGAUCCAAGCCAACAAGAACGUCGCUAUUAACUUUCCCUAG